UUUUAUAUUUGACCGGCGUUGCGGACAGGAGCCUCUCUUCAGUCAAUUUCUACGUCCCCUUCUUCGUCGAAACUCAAUACUAAUUUCCCAAUCAAUGACCAAUGACCAAUGACAUGCACGCAUGAAAACCAUUUCAUUUCAUCUUCCUCAUCCCUAACCUCACUUCUCUCUCCUUUCCUCUGCAUCUCACCUAAUAAUAUCCCCUCCAGAGGGAGAUGCAUCCCCGUCGCCGUCCCUUUCGGGAUCUUUCCCUUGGCUUCUUGAUCGCAACCGCCCUCAUCCUGGUCCGAGCUCCAGCGGCGCGCGGGGCGGUCGACCCGAGCUACUUGAGCUGCAGCUCCACCAUCAGUUGCGGCGUCCUGCAAAACGCCAGUUACCCCUUCUGGGGGUUGACCCGCGCCUCCUACUGCGGCCUGCCCGAUUUUCAGGUCACCUGUCUGGACAACACAACUCCGCUGCUCAACAUAUCGAACCAGAACUUUCGCGUCCUUCAGUUCAAUGACACCACGAAGGUUAUGACGGUUGCCCGAGAGGAUUACUGGAAUACUAUCUGCCCGACCUCUUUUGUCAAUACCACCCAGGAAAUCACCAGCUCUUUCUCUUACACCUCGGACACGCUGCCCAGCAAUCUGACUCUGUACUAUGGGUGUGGUGGAUUUCCGAACCAGACGACGAUCCAGAUAACUCUCCCCAACUGCCAGUUCAACUGCACCAUCAAUGGCACCAACGUCAUCGGUUACUUUAUAACAAAGAAAGUUAGCGAUAUCGCGAACGCUGCGGCCUUUUCGAGUUACUUUGGAGGGUGCAAUUCGAGCGUGGUGCUGCCCGCGACCCAGUCAGCCAUUGAGGAGAUUCAGUCGAGCCCGAGCAACACGACUGUGGUGUCGGCCAUCGACGAGGGCUUCGGGCUGCAGUGGACGGUGGAUGAGACAUGCAUCAGCUGCCACGCUUCGGGCGGGCAGUGCGGACGGAAGAAUAGGUCCGGCGAGUUCUUGUGCUAUUGCCAGGAUAAGUCCUACUCUUCCACAUGCUCAGGUACGUCAGUUGUUAUCCUCGAACAUUGCUAUGAUGAUUUUGGUCCUGGCUGAUGGCGGCUCGGGCUGGGAUCGAAGAGCAUGAAAAUCAUAGAUAACAUCUAACCGCUUUGGCUAUUUGAUUAGGCUUAAGAUGUUAGGACGAGCCAAUUCGUUUCGGUGAUUAGUAUUAUGUUGUGCCCAUGAAGUUGGAUGGUCCGUGUAUCCUAGAAAUUCUUUUCCCUCUUCACAGAAUCACAAGUAGUGGGAAAGAUAUGCACUUGGAAAACUUAAAAGCUGUGUUUUAAGAGUUGGUUUGCGCUGGAGUGGAGAUGCACCAAUUCAUUUCAUGU